GAUCCCGGUAUACUUCUUUUAAUUUCCGGCGAUGGUGAUUAUUUGCCUGCAAUACUUCGGGCUCGGAAACAUAAGUGGAAGGUUGAAACAUGGUUUUGGCGAUCAGCAAUGUCUGGUGACCUUACGAAAGAGUCGUCACUUUUUCGUUUUCUGGAUAAUUACUAUAUACAUUUUACAUAUGUGUACGGACAAAACCCCAUCGGAAAAAAUCAUUCCCUUGAAAUAACUGACGGUGAAACGAUUAGAAAAUGGACGAGUAAUGAAGUAAUGGAUUGUUUUGCUUCAUUACAAUUAUUUGGAUGGUGGUGCAGGAAAGACGAACAUACUAUAUUCUUGUACUUCGAUAGCAAAGCGAAUUUGGGGAAG